UGUUAGUUUUUAGUGACUUGUUUUUGAAAUAUACACGCAGCUAGGCUCUUUUUCCCGUCCAAUCGGUGCUUUGGGUUCUUGAAGUGCCCAAGUUUCAUUUAUUCUCCACUUAGUAAAGGCAGUUUGGCGCGUCUUGUCUUGCCUUCAGCGCGUCUUACACAUUACCGUUAAACUAUAUAAGAACUUAAAGUUUCAAGGAUAAUAAAAAAGGAUUUACUUGCUGAACCGUUGUGGUGGAAUAUAUUCGGUUUUUCAUUAUUUAAUUUUGUUAACGGAACAGUAUUUGUGUGUGUGUGUGUGUGUAAAAUGGAUAUUUUUCAGAAUAUGAACGAGGUGGAUUACAGCUGCACCUGUUACAAAGAGCUGGACGAGUGGUUUGGUUUGCAACCUAUGUUCAUAUUUGCGGUUUUGAUGACAUACCUGCUGUUAAUUUAUAAAAUAUUGCAUAGUAAUUAUAUGAAGGAUCGUGAGCCCUAUCAGCUAAAAACCUAUAUUAUUGUCAAUACAAUGCAAAUGCUCUCCUGUAUCUAUAUAAUCAAUGGGUAAACUUAUACAUGCAUAGCAUAUGCAUUUUUUUUAAUUGCAUACAUUUCUUGCAAACAGAUUUUCCGCAUAACCUCAACGAGCGUUUUUCAUUUCUAUUGUCUUACGUUAGAUCCGAACACAUAUAUCGAAUAUCUGUUUAAUCGCGUCACUUACUUCACAUUCUGGCUAAAGAUUAGUGAGCUGUCGGAAACUAUCGUAUUCGUGCUACGUAAAAAACAGAAUCAGGUGUCGUAUCUGCAUGUAUUCCAUCACUGCUCAACUGUUACAUUGAUAUAUCUGCUGCUCACGGAUUAUAGAGGUACCUCAGCUUUGUAUCCGAUUUUACUCAAUUCUACUGUGCAUGUGAUUAUGUAUGCCUACUACUUGGCCGCAGCUGUGUGCGAUGCGGAAACUAUAAAGCGUUUAACACCAAUCAAGAAAUCGAUUACCACUAUUCAAAUGAUACAAUUCGUACUGAUUCUUACCAAGGGGUUCUUGAUGUGUCGCUGCGAAAUAUCCAAGUUGGUUGCAACUUACUAUUCUGUCGUUGUCGUUGUUAUAUUUUAUGGAUUUUAUGACUUCUACAUAAGGCUUACAAAGCUAGUAAUGUAG